GGAGCUAAAGCGGCGUCGAAGCGUGCGCGCAAUGCCAAGGAUGCGAAGGGCCCCGCAAAGUCGCAGUUGAAGACGAACGUCGCUGCCAUGAACGUGCAGUGCGGUAUCUGCAAGACACCUUUCCUGUCCACGGUGCGCCCCGCGCAACUCACCCAGCACUCGGAGAACAAGCACAACUCGACCAUGACCGAGUGCUUUCCGGACUAU